CUUCCUGCCGUUUCCCAACACUGGAGGCCCGGCGAUUUUUGGUUGCUUGUUAGCGGCAGAAGCCAAUCGAUUCAUUUAUACUAUUAUUAAUAACAAUAUUGUUAUUUGUUCGAUAAAAUGUCUGGGAAUCCGGACAACAGUCUGGCGGAUCUGCUCAUGGACUGCAGCCUGGGGGACGAGAAUAAGGACCCGGCAGGCAGUGACCCAUCUGUCAGCCCGGUCAGUACAACCCGAUCCCAACUAGUUCAUUUGAAGUCGCCGUGCAAGGUGCCCCAAACUGAAAUCCAGACGGACCCCAACGACAGUUUUUCAUUUGUGGACGCCGACAUCACCAGCGGCAGCAGCGUUUAUUUGGUGUCAUCUGGAGUGUCCAAUGAGUCGUUGGUCAGCUGCCUCCACUCGUCCCAGCAUCACAGCACCUCCGAGGAGCCCAUAACCAUUGAGGAGACCACAGACUGCGAGUUUGGGCACUGUUCACUGGAUUCGGACACCAGCCGUCCUGGUGCCGGCGACAUGGACACGCCGAAGUUCACAUUGAAGCGACACUCCCCGGAUCCCGCGGAACAUGAUCUUGAGAUCAAGAAAUGUCCUAGUGCUAGUGUCUCCACUGACGUCGCCACAAUGAGGAAGAGAAAGUCUUCGGAUCAUAAUGACAAUGAUCCGGCAUGUAAGAAACUUCAUUGCAAUCUGGAGGAGAUGGCCACCCCCUCGAAUCGCUCGGUGGUGACGCGCAGCGGUCGUGCAGUUGUGCUGCGCAUGAACAACGAGUUCGACUACUCAUCCUCGCAGUCGAAGGACGAUGGCGAGGAGGACUCCGAUGAUCAGUCGCUGGAGACCGACGACGAGGAAUACCAGCAGGCUCUCGAAUUCGUCCAGCCCAAGUGGCAUGCGUGCAAGCGGCGCAGCCUGGGGAAUAGCAGCAGCAGUGUCUGCAGCACCGAUGAAAGCCACUCCUCGCCGGAGGCAGUGCCGCCGAUUGUCUAUCUCGAAUUGGGCGAGCAAGUCGCCAUUGUCAGGGACGAGCCAAAGGCCAAUAUCGUCCUCGAGGAUGAUGGGGAACUCAAGACGCAGGUGCAUAAGUUUUUGGGUUUGAUGGCGUCACGUCGCAGGCUGUACAAUCCAGCGACUAACCUUGAUCCGGAGUUACCGGAACAGAAUGAGAAUGACAUAUCGGUCAGUCGUUUGUUGGAUUUAUCCCGUUCCUCGGCCACAGGCCUUAUUACUCCGUCACCCAAGCGCCUUACUCAGUCUCCCAGAACACCGACCCCCACCUGGUCAAGCCUGAACUUAUCGCAUCGACGUCGCCCAACCCUGGAGGAGCGCCAGACGAAGGUGUUCGAUGACAUGGUGUUGCAGGCCAAUGCCAAUUCGUACGAGGAGCAAACGCCGGAUUUCCUCAAGGAGCCCAUCGACCUGAGCGAUCUUCCGAGCCGGAAACAAGUUGCCCUCAUCUGCCGCCGACACAAGAGCAGUAUUGCCUGCCUGGAGCAGCAUCCGCUCUUCUACAGAUUCGUCGAGUCGCUCAACCCGAGGACCUCGAUCAACAUGUGUCAUCCGCUCGCGAUGACCUAUAGGGAGAAAAAUUUCAAUGACUGCAAAGUUGCACUGGCCAAAGUCUUGUUUAAUAUGUUCAAUCACGCCAUCUUCCACUGCGGUUUGAUAGCGCCAAUCGUUUGGAAGCGCGGCAUGACCACGUACUGCAAAAGCGAACUGGAAAUCGCCGCCUCCGGAAGGCGCACUGCUCGCAUUCUGCUGUGGGAGAACAUCACUCAGCCGGGCAUGCUCAUCAAGCCGCUGCUCCAUGAGAUGUGUCAUGCGGCGGCCUUCGUUUUCAACAGGGAGACGGGACACGGCGACAAUUGCCGCAGAUGGGUCUACCAGGCAAAGAGCGCGAUGCCGGAGCUUCCGGUGAUCGAGGACUGCCAGGCCACCUUCAAGUAUACCUGCACCAUGUGCUCCCGCUGCUCGUACGGCAGGAUCGAAUUCGAGAGGGAUCGGCUGCGCUGCCACCACUGCCAAUUCGAGGUGGGCGUGAAGCUAUGUCGCAAGGACGACAUCUGUCACGGCACCCGGCCGGAUUUCACGAUAACCCCCUUCAAGUCCUUCGUCCGCGAAAACUACAUGAAGCUGGGCGAGGAGGGCGGCAGCACGCACAGCUCGAAGAUGAGACUGCUUAACGAAGAGUACAACAAGAUGAACGCUCCGACGGGCUAGAGCGCAACACCUUUGUUACGUUUUAAUUAGUUUAUAUACUUUAUGUUAACUACCAAUUCACAAACUAUUUUAUGGCGAAUGAAUUCCAACUUGGGACCCUCACAAGAAUGCAGGCGGCUAAAGAGAAACACUGUGACAUACUUAUUAUAUUUUAAUAGAAACUAAAGAUUUUUUUUAAACAAAAUAAACAGAGCUUUAACU